GGGAAACCUCGUUCUCCUAGAUUAGUGUUGUUUCUAGUUAAGAAGUAAUGUUAAUUGCUAAUAACACCCGUUUGCUCUUGUAGUUAGCAAAACAAUCCGAAGAAUAUAGCUGCUGUGAAACGAAUGUUGCACUCAUGUCGGGUAGGAGCAACAAUGUGGAGUGGGUUGAGACAAUCGAGGAGGUUGUUAUAUCAGAGGAGUAUUUAUCAACUGAGAACAUCACCCCUACAGAGCCAGCAGGAACGCCAGUCCAGGAGUUACUGGACACUGUGGGACAGGGAGAAAACUCAGAGGCUGGUGAUGGCUUCUAUUGUGAGGAGUGUCUGACUCUCUUCCAAGACCAGAAUGAUCCUGACAAUAUUAAUGGCCCAUCUUAUAUUCUUGACUUUCCAACGAGCAUGGGUGUCCCCCAGAGGGCCCUCCUCACUCUGCCCUUUGGCCUGGGGAUAGGCAGAUCUAGUAUUCCCACUGCAGGAGUUGGGGUCAUAAAUCAUGGACAAGUACUGUCUCCCGGUAUGCAUUUUGGACCAUUCGAGGGGGAAGAGACAACGAGGGAAAAGGCCAUGGCGAGUGAUUUCUCCUGGGAGAUUUAUAAAGGAAAGGAUGAGUUUGAGUACAUUGAUGCUGCAAAAGAAUCACACUCUAACUGGAUGAGAUAUGUCAACAUUGCUCGUAAUAAAGACGAGACAAACAUGCUUGCAGUCCAGUGCAAAGGUAGCAUCCUUUUUCACUGCUGUCGCACCAUACACCUUGGAGAUGAGCUACUGGUGGGACCCAGCAGCAAACUUCUCAACAGUUUUAGUGAAGCUUGGACCCAGAUGUGGUUUAUGAAGUUGAAUGCAGCAGGGAGUAAUUCAACUGUAGCAUCUGAGAUCUUCUUGUGCCCUCACUGUCAGCUGUCCUUCACUACAGAGGACUUCCUCCAGCGACAUACCGAAUACUGCCACUCACACCCAAAAGAGGACUGUACAACACCAGCUGUUAAAGCAGUUGAACCGGAAAAUCCUGCUUCAAAUGCUGAUUCGGUCCACUCUGCAGAGGCCCUGGUGGUAUUAUCUGUUGAUCCUGUGGAGUCCAAAACAUGUUCUGAUUGUGGGAAGACUUUCAAGCAGUUACCUCACCUCAAGAGGCACAAGCUUUGUGUCCAUUCAAACAAGCGCCCCUACUGCUGCCCACAAUGCAGGCGAAGUUUUAGCCAGGCGUCCGGCUUAAUCAGACACCAGCUAGUUCACAGAAAGCAGAUUGUGACAAAAGAGGUGCCUAAUCAGAGCGAAAUCCUCAGUGAAGGGAAAGAGAGCUUGGCAUCAAGGUCAGAGGUUUCUAAUACAGCAGCCAAGGAACUGAUCGAAAUAAAGGGAACAAAUGCAAGCGAGAAUGUAGAAGAAGCUAUGGAUGUAACUGAAACAGAAAAUACUUCUGCAGGAGAGGCAGAAGCAUCCCAGGAGUUGGAUGAACAGUCCAAUAAUUGUUCAGACUGUGGAAAGACCUUCAUAUAUGAAGCGUCCCUCAAAAAGCAUAAGGCGAUGGUCCAUGACAAGUUCCGUCCGUAUGUCUGCACUGUGUGUCAGAAGUGCUUUGGCCAAUACAACGACCUGACCAGACACCUGCGGCGACACCAGAAUCAAAGCAAAAGGAGUGAAGAAGUACACCAGGCUCCAGAGGAAUCUCCCACAAUGCCAUUUAGCUGUGCAGAGUGCUCACUGACGUUUUCUUCAGUGGACACCCUACAGGAGCACAUCAAUGAGAAUCACUCAGAGGACACUCAAGAGGACGAGUCAGUUGACGAUCAGAGCCACGAUCCUGACUUCAGUCCACAACCAUCAGUGGCUGAAACAGUUGAGUCUAUCCAAAAGCUUCCCUCUCAGAGGCCUCAGCGACUUGGAGCUAGAUCUAAAAUAUCUGCCAUAACAAAGCUCAUAGCACCAAAACGAAGGGCAGCCAUCUGCAAGAAGCCAUUAACCAGUCCGCCUGAGACUGAAGAGAGAUGCAUUGAAACAGAGACGCCCGCUGUCAGAAAUGGGAAGUUAACAAAAUACAAAUGGUUUAGUUGUAAUCACUGCAAACGAACAUACGGAAACCCAGAUGAUCUCAAGGCACAUAAGUGUGCUCUAAGACAGCACAAGUGCGGUCAGUGUGGGGCGACCUUUCAUAAGUCCGGCUUCCUGAAAAAACAUGAGCAGACGGCACAUGUGGAUGCAAAAUCUUACAACUGUGACCGCUGUGGUAAGGUCUUCACUACGGCUGGGAACCUUAAACAGCAUCAGAAGAGCAAUACUUGUAUGAAGUAUCAUUGCACGUCCGAGCUUUUCCCAUGCUCAUUCUGCCAGUUCUCCUUCACUAUGAAGAGCUACCUUGUUAAGCACAUCAGGAGACACCACCCGGUUGAGUAUCUGUCACACUGCGAUUCAGACAACCUAACGGAUCAGCUGGACAAGGAGGAAGAGGAGGAGGAGGGUGACAAGGAACAUACAUGCCCCCAUUGUGGGAAGAGCUGUGCAAAUGCCAAAACUUUCAAAAGUCAUAUAUGCUUCCAACAGGUGAAGGUGCUCUACUUGUGCACUGACUGUGGAAAGGGCUUCGCAAACCAUUACAGUCUUAAACAACAUCAGCGCAUCCACACAGGUGAAAAGCCGUACAACUGCCCUCACUGCAGUAAAAGCUUCUCCUACACCGGCCAGCUGAACGUGCAUCUCAGAACUCACACCGGGGAGAAGCCAUACCUGUGCACCCACUGCGGGGAGAGCUUUCGUCAGUCGGGAGACCUGAAGCGACACGAGAGGAAGCACACGGGGGUGAGGCCGUACAGCUGCCCCGAGUGUUGUAAAAGCUUCAGUCGGCCGCAGAGUCUCAAAGCUCACCAAAUGCUCCACCAGGGACAGAGAAUGUUCAAAUGCACACAGUGUGGGAAAAGCUUUUCCCGAAACUAUCACCUCAGGAGACACCAUCAGAAGAUGCACUUGUAAUCACAUCAUAUUUCUACGACUUUGGAAGAAAAUUGUAUGUAUGUAACUCUAACAACUCUGCUUUUCAAGAUUUGCAGACAAUUUUUAAUGUCCUGUACAUAUUAGUUUCAGUUAUACUCAAGUUUAUUUAAAGCUAAAGCAAUUCAUAUCUUAUUUGAAUGUAGAAGUACAAAACAUUUCCUUGCAGAUGCUAGUCAC